CAUGCAUCCUCAGUCCAUGGUAGUCAGUCCUACGCAAAUUUACUGCAACAAUGUCAGAGGCAUCAGCGGUGCGCGUGAUCGGUCUGUGGCCGAGCCCGUUCGUGAUCCGCGUCCUGAUCGCGCUGAAGCUGAAGGGCGUCGAGUACGAGUUCGUGGAGGAGGUGGUGGGCAGGAAGAGCGAGCUGCUGCUCAGGUCCAACCCCGUGCACAAGAAGAUCCCCGUUCUGCUCCACAACGGCAAGCCCAUCUCCGAGUCCCUCAUCAUCGUCCAGUACAUCGACGAGGUCUGGUCCGCCGCCGCGCCGGCCAUCCUCCCGGCCGACCCGUACACCCGUGCCGUCCAGCGGUUCUGGGCACAGUACAUCGAUGACAAGUUCCCAUCGGCGAUCCGCACACUCAGGGGAACGGAUGCCGGGGACAAGGACCAAGCGGCGGAGCAGCUGUCCGCCGCCCUUGCAGCUCUUGAAGGAGGCCUCCUGAAGCUCGGCCAGGGGAAGCACUACUUCGGCGAAGACAGCGUCGGGUACCUGGACAUCGCUCUGGUGUCGCACGUCGGGUGGUUGAAGGCGGUGGAGAAGAUGACCGGGGUCGCGCUCCUGGACGAAGCGAAGGUUCCGAACCUGGUGGCGUGGGCUGAUCGGCUCUGCGCCCACCCGGCCGUGGUGGACGCGAUCCCUGACGCAGACAAGUUCGUGGAGUUCAGCGUGAUGCACGGGAGCUUCUCCAAAAACUACAGUCCAACUAAACAGGACCUACACAGCCUAACCAAACAGGACCUAACAGUGGUGCCAACAGAGCGAAGCGGUCCGGCCGCUUAACACUAUGACAGUCAUGACUUUCAAUUUAGUGCACGUCUGACAGUGUCUGUAUUAAUAAGAACCUACAACGGUGGUUUCUGUAUGAACCUGCAAUGAAAUACCUGUGUGUUGUGCGGUA